AUGACAUACUUGACAAAUGUCUGGAGGCUUAAUUUAACCCAUGCUGCGGCAAUUGUGAACAUGUUUACUGGUGCUGCCACCAUAAUGCCUAUCGUCAUGGCCUGCCUUGUCAAUUCUUUCAUGGGUGACUUUUGGAUGCUCUUGCUCUCCAGUCUUGCUUAUAGCUUUGCGCAACAACGUAGAAUGAAUAAUCAAGAAGCAACAUUAGCUUUGACAACAUUAGUAGUAGAAGCAACAUUAGAUCUGAAAAAUGGGAUGAGCUUCUUGGCAAUGUCAACACCACCUGUACUUUCAAAUGUUGCAGGCAACUGUAGUGCAUACAAGCCAGAUUGUAUUGGUGAUGCCCAAAAGGUUCUCUUCUAUACAGCGUUAGCACUCAUAGCUAUUGGGAUAUCUGGUCAUAUCACAUCCUUAGAAUCUUUUCUGAAACAACAUAUGGAAAACCCAACACCAUGGCAAGUGGCAGGCGGCUUUGGAACGAUUCUCUUUCCAAUUGUUGGAUGUAUUGCGCUUCCAUAUAUAAAGCCAUGUUCUGUUAGAUUUGGAAUACCAGCAAUAUGUACCGUAGUGGCAACUUUUCUAUUCAUAUGUGGCUCAUGUUCAGAAAAACAUAGCAGCAAAGAAGAGGAGGAUACAAAAAUCUCUAUACGCAUGAUACCCAUGUGGAUGACAUUCAUUAUGUGUGGGGUUGUGAUUUCCAUAGGAAACACUUACUUUUUAGAGCAAGCAAAAAAUAUGAAUCACAAGGUUGGAAUAUUGAAGGUCCCUCUUCCUAUAUUUAAAAUUUUCUAUGACCUUGUAAAAGAUUAUUUCACCAAACUGUGUGUCAAAGUUAAUGAAAAAUUUUCAGGAAAAUAUUUAGCCUCGUGUGGAGUCAUGGUAGCAAUGCUAUUUUCUAUACUAUGUUGUAUCACAGCUGCAAAAAUGGAAACCAGGAGGCUAGAUGUGAUUAGAAGGCAUUGUUUACCUGACAAACCUAAUGGCAAAAUUCCAAUGAGCAUGUUCUUGCUUCUUCCACAGUAUCUCCUUCUUCGUGCCCUUGAUGGAAUCUCUAAUUUCAGCAUUGAUUAUUUCUUCACUGAUCAAGUUCCUGCAUCAAUGAAACAUUACUCGUGA